AUGGUGGUGGACUUCAGUAGGAGUAAGGCCCCACCCUCCCCAGUCUGCAUUGGUGGAAAAGAUGUUGAGAUCAUCACAUCUUACAAGUUCCUGGGUGUCCAUCUGGACAAUAAACUGGAGUGGUCCACAAACACUGAGGCGGUCUACAAGAAGGGCAUGAGCAGACUGUACUUCCUGAGGCGACUCAGGUCAUUCACCGUUUAUAACAGGAUACUCCACAUGUUUUUCCAGUCUGUCAUGGCAAGCACCAUCUUCUUUGCUGUAGUGUGCUGGGGUGCCAGCAUCAAACCAAAGGACGCCAACAGACUGGACAAACUCAUUAGAAAGGCUGGUUCUGUUGUUGGUUCCAAGCUAGCCAGCUUAGAGGAAGUGUCCAGAGACAGAAUGUUGACUAAACUGCUGACCAUCAUGAACAAUCCCUCCCACCCUCUCUAUGAAACAUCUCAUAUCACACAUGAGAACUCAUACUGGGGAGAAGCCUUUUUGUGUGAAGAAUGUGAUAAAGGUUUUGGUCUAGUAUCUAGUCUUAAAGAACACAUGAGAACUCAUACAGGAAAGAAGCCUUUUUCGUGUAAAGAAUGCGAUAAAAGACUUAGUCGCAUGCACACUCUAAAAGAACACAUGAGAAUUCAUACAGGAGAGAAGCCUUUUUCGUGUAAAGAAUGUGACAGAAGUUUUACCCAUAUAAAUAGUCUCAAAUCACACAUGAGAACUCGUACCGGAGAAAAGCCGUUUUCGUGUAAAGAAUGUGACAGAAGUUUUAGUCAACCAUCUACUCUUAAAUCACACAUGAGAACUCAUACAGGGGAAAAGCCUUUUCUGUGUAAAGAAUGUGAUAAAAGCUUUCGUUGGAUAUCUCAUCUCAAAUCACACAUGAGAAUUCAUACAGGAGAAAAGCCUUUUUUGUGUAAAGAAUGUGAUAAAAGCUUUCGUUACAUAUCUCAUCUCAAAACACAGAUGAGAAGUCAAACUGGAGAGAAGCCUUUUUUGUGUAAAGAAUGUGACAGAGGUUUUACUCAAAUACAUAGUCUCAAAUCACACUUAAGAAUUCAUACAGGAGAGAAGCCUUUUUUGUGUAAAGAAUGUGACAGAAGUUUUAGUCAAACAUCUACUCUCAACUCACACAUGAGAACUCAUACAGGAGAAAAGCCUUUUCUGUGUAAAGAAUGUGAUAAAAGCUUUCGUUGCAUAUCUCAUCUCAAAUCACACAUGGGAAUUCAUACAGGAGAAAUGUCAUAG